CAAGCCAGCCGGCUGCCUGCUCCAGAGCCUCUUCAAACCUACUGUGGUAUAAAUAGCAGAGGGGAAGAGAAGAGACCUCCUGGCAGCCACUAUGAAGGGACUGCAACUAUUCUGUUGCUGUGUGGCUCCACUCCUGCUCCUUGGAACUGCAGAACUGCAAGUGUCUGCCCCGGAUGGCACAGAAGAGGCUGCCAGCUUGGCCGAGGGCCGCUUGUUGCCUGGAGACCCAAGCCUAGCCCAGAAGGAGAGGAUGCUCUAUGGAGACACUGCUCAACUUCCUGGGAAGGGACUCCUCCUUCAGCAUUCUGCCAGCCAUGAGGGUACAAGUGGACAGCCUUAUGCCAAGGCAGGUGCUGAUCUGGAGGUCCAGGCUACCAUCACAGAAGAAAAGGAAGCAGAGAGUGCCCCUGCCUCAGGGCACAGCAUGGAAAUGCAAGGAGAAGGGGGAGGAAGCCUGGAAAAGCUGGUGGCAUUGCUUGGAGAGGCUGCUCGCAAAUCUCAGGAGAAAGAACAUGAAGGUGCCCCUAGAGAAAGGGCCCAGUGGCAUCAAGGGCACAGCAAAGAUACUGCUGACCCAGGAGGAAGUGCAGAUGCUUCUGAGAGCCCCCACCAGUCCUCUGAGGCCAGAGAGGAAUUGUUUCCUCAGGAGACCCCGGGCACCCAGCCCACAGAACUGGGCCAAGAUGCUGGAGGUACCUCUGAGGCAGGAGGCUUAAGUGUCAGCCCCUCCGCAGGGAGUCCCUUGGAGGCACCUGGGGCCGCACUGAAGGGCGCUGAAGAGGGGCAAGUCCUAGAGCCUCUGGUGGCAGAAGGAGAAGGUUCUAGAAAGGAGGAGGGCAUCAGCCUGAGCGAUAGAGGGACAGAGAGUCAAACUGGGGAGGACUCUGAGUCCUUUGAGGCAGUGGGCUCUGAUCAAGAUGAUGAAGAAGAAGCUGUCAUUACGGCACGGGAGAUGCUUGCAACCCUGGCCAAUGAGGAAGAAGACACUGAGGAGAAAGAAGGAGGACCUGGAGUGAAGGACGUCCCUUUGGCAGCAGAAGAAAUUCCUCAAGAGGAGGAAGGUGAUGUUGCCCUUGGGGACCGAGGAGGUUCCGAAGAGGAAGAAGAUGGCGAAGAUCCACCCAGCAGAGAUGUUCCUGGGGCCCACCUCCAGGCCCAAGAGGGAUACCCCAGUGAAGCUGAAGCAGAAUCUAGCUUGCCCAGCAAUGGGGACAGCCUCCAUAGAAGUGAUGGGACACCCUCUAAUGAUGCCAGCCCAGCCCUGGCUGUGGAUGCUGUGACCAAAGCAGCCAGUCUGGCAGCUGAUGUUUUUAGUACUCUGCACAUCCAGAGAGAGGAAGCAGAGGAUGCUGGGGAACCUGCCUCCAGGGAUCGGUCCCACAUUGAGAGCACAUUGAAGCUGAAGGAGGAUAAACCAGCCGAUGACUACUCAGCCACACUGCAACGCCUGAGGAAGAUCUACCACACCUCAAUCAAGCCCCUGGAGCAGUCCUACAAGUAUAAUGAGCUGCGACAGCAUGAAAUCACGGCUUACCCUGGACGCACCUUGGGCUCUUCAGCCACAGAUGGAGAGAUUACUUCCAAGCCAAUGGUGCUGUUCCUGGGGCCAUGGAGUGUUGGCAAAUCCACCAUGAUAAACUAUCUGCUGGGACUAGAUGAUACACCUUACCAGCUCUAUACAGGAGCUGAGCCAACCACCUCAGAGUUCACCGUCAUCAUGCAUGGCCCGAAGCUCAAGACUAUUGAAGGCAUUGUGAUGGCUGCUGAUAGUGCUCGCUCCUUUUCACCACUUGAGAAGUUUGGGCAGAACUUUCUGGAGAAGCUGAUUGGAAUUGAGGUCCCUCAUAAGCUUUUGGAGAGGGUUACCUUUGUGGAUACCCCCGGGAUCAUUGAGAAUCGGAAGCAGCAAGAACGAGGCUACCCAUUCAAUGAUGUCUGCCAGUGGUUCAUCGACAGGGCUGACCUUAUUUUCGUAGUCUUUGACCCCACAAAGCUGGAUGUGGGACUGGAGCUAGAAAUGCUUUUCCGCCAGUUGAAGGGCCGUGAAUCUCAGAUUAGAAUAAUUCUGAACAAAGCAGACAGCCUGGCCACUCAAGAGCUUAUGCGAGUGUACGGGGCCUUAUUUUGGAGUCUGGCCCCACUGAUCAAUGUCACUGAGCCUCCUAGGGUCUAUGUCAGCUCCUUUUGGCCUCUGGACUACCAACCAGACACUCACAGAGACCUUUUCCUAAAAGAGGAGAUCUCACUCCUUGAAGACCUUAACCAGGUGAUUGAAAACAGGCUGGAGAACAAGAUUGCCUUCAUCCGCCAACACGCCAUUAGGGUUCGCAUCCAUGCACUUCUAGUUGAUCGUUAUUUGCAAACCUAUAAGGAAAAAAUGACCUUUUUCAGUGAUGGAGAAUUGGUGUUCAAAGACAUAGUGGAGGAUCCAGACAAAUUCUACAUUUUUAAGUCUAUUCUGGCCAAGACCAACGUCAGCAAGUUUGAUCUCCCCAAUCGUGAGGCCUACAAGGACUUCUUUGGGAUCAACCCUAUCAGCUCCUUCAAGCUUCUCGCUCAGCAGUGUUCCUACAUGGGAGGCUGUUUCCUGGAGAAGAUCGAGAGGGCCAUAACCCAUGAGCUACCUGAUCUCUUAGGGAGUGUAGGCCUGGGGAAAAAGCCCAGCAUCCUCUCCUGUGACACAACAGGCUGUGGGGAAACUCCAAAGAACCGUUACAAGAAACAUUAACAGGGCUAUUCAGUGUAACCUCCUGUUCCUUUGCUCCUUUUGGUGAAUGAGCUUAUGUCUUAUCUGUCCAAGAAGCUAAGGUUUGUUAACCCUUUCAAUACCACACUGGCAAGAGAUAACAUACAAGGAGUUGGAGUCCCUGGCAGCAAUUGCAGGGAGGUUGGGGGGCACCUGGGGAAGAGAACAAAAACACUGUGAAUUCCUGACUUUUUAUUAUCUGUUGUUUUAAGUGGGAGGCAAUAUAGAAAGCUCUUGGUACAAAGGGUGGGCUGUGUCUGUGGAAGAUGUUGCCUGCCCUUGCAUAUACUCAUCAGCACACUGGGAGAAGGAAUGUAGUGAGCAAGUUGUGAGAAAGGACACCAGGGAAAGUACAAUCAUUACUCUUUCACAACCUGUGAAAUCAGUUUCUAUGGCAUCUUAUGCCUAUUGCACACGGGGUUAAGGACUACAGAAUCUAUUGCUAAACCCAACCUUUCUUUUGGGGCCCUGCCAGCCAGCCGCUCUUACUUUUCAUGAGCAUGUCCCUCCCCUGGCUGCAUCUAAGCCUUCUCCUGUGCAUCUAUGAUCCCUACCCUAGGCAGACAGAAUCCAUCCUGCCUUUCAUUAGUGUCCCUAUAUGUAAGUACAAAGGCUUUUUUUAAAAAAAGAAACUCAUAUAGACACCUGGAACAAAAAGAGAAAUACUCUGGUGCAAAUAGGAGUUCAGGCACAUUCAGAAGAUGUCAUUGGAAGCACAUUUUAGUGAGUUCAGCUGGGGCUGGAGGGUGUAUGAACACAGGAAUCCACUGAUAUAAAGAUGAAAUUGUGAGUCUUAGUACCUCCUCCAAUAGAAUGCAACAUGUUCACAAGGUCAUGUUGCAUGUUUGCUUGUGUCUGAGGGUCUUUGUACUGCUGGGAGUCUCCUGUUUCCCAGUUUCUUGUUCACUGCUGCUGUUUUUUCCAAGCUUCUUACUGUAGACUAAAACUGGGCUUUGUAACCUACUCCAAAAUACAUUUUAUCUGCUUUAGCUUUACAAUUGUCAGUCUGUCCCCAUUCCCUACCACAUAACAGGGCAAGAGACUGUUCUUUAAGUUAGAACUGAUGUCAGCUCCUGCAUAGGUGGUAAAGAAAAGUCACGGGCCCACUCUUCUUUUGCUAGGUUAUAUUGGGCUAGUGAAGCUGGUGAUGGCAGCAAUCAGAACAAACUCAAAAUGUGAAUGGGGCAGUUGUGAUAGGCAGUAAGUACAUUCAGGCUGGAAAGGGGGCAAGCAAAGAGAAUGACUUCCAGCUUUGUUAUAAAAUGCUUGAGAAGCAUUAUCAACCUAAAUGCAAGAAAGGCCAAGUGAGGUAUAAUUAAGCACCCUGCUUAAUUAUAACUAGAAGGGAAGGAGAAAAUACAAAACAAAGGACUGGGGAAUGUUGAUUGAGUUUGUUGCUCAGAAAACUGGAACUUUAAAAGAAUAGAAAGGUAGUCCUGCUCAAGAACAACAGUUCAGAAGAGGAACGUGCCACAAUCUACCUACAAAAUAUGAGUUUAAAAGAAUUAGGGCUCAUUCAUAAGUUACCAAGUCCACGUGGUGGACAUGUGGACUGUCCAUACACAUGACCUGGGAGUUCUUCACUGGGAACUUUAUUCUUGGGCAUGCAUGGUCAUCAGUUGAAUUUGGACUGCAGGGAA